AUGGCGGUGAGUUUCCAUUUUGCAGAUAAACGGCCUAAAGGAUCAAGUUAUCAGAGGCCAUGCAAUGGGAAACGACUGGAGGGUUUUGAGCAGAGGAGUGAUGGGACCCUUACUGAGACUGCUGAAGGAAACUCGUCCUCGGAAGAGGAAAAGAAAAAACGUGAAACGAAAUGGCUAGUUCAAAGACCAAAUUCCUAUAUUAUGGAUGUAAAAUGUCCAGGUUGCUCCAAGAUUAUCACGGUUCUCAGCCGUGCUCAGACUGUGGCUCUCUGUGGAGGCCGUUCAGCAGUGUCGUGCCAGCCCACAGGAGGAAAGGCCAGACUCACAGAGGGGUGUUCAUUUAGAAGAAAGCAACACUAAUGAUCCACACAACCUCUUGAAUUUGUGUUAAGUCACAGAAAGCCUUAUUAGUUCAGUAAUUCCAGUUAAUCUACCAAAAUACUGGAAUUAUGUUUAAUUUUGUAAGGUAUACAACAGUGAUCUACUUUGGUGUCCAUUUUUCAAUAAAGUUUUGAGUAUGGGCAAAAAAAAUAUUUAACAAAUCUUAAUUGCUACCAUAGUGAAAGAGCUCUAUAGAGCAUUCUGAGGUUCUUAAUAACUUUUGAAGAUUGUAAGUGGUCCUGAGACCAAAAAAAUUGAGGACUGCUGUUCUAGGUUAAGAAGCAGGGGCCUAGAGAGGUUAAAUGGCUGGGUAAGGCUGCAUAACUAGAGAAUGGUAAAGUGGGAAUUAAACUCAGGUUUGUCCAACUCACACAGGCUCUUUCUUUUUUUUUAAUUUUUUUUUGAUGUUUGUUUAUUUUUGAGAGA